AUGGCAUCGCCCCGAUUCUCACGUCUGGUGCGCUUUGUUCCGAUCUCAGACCCUACCAACGUUCUCAUUGGCCAACCGCAAAAAGAUGAUAUCGACGUUGGCAUGGCGCUCUACCAGAACCAUGAGGUAAAGGUAUACGUCUUCUCCGGUCGUUCUGUCUUGGACCCGGGGCAAGAGACGGGAGAUACGGCGAUUGUCAGCCGUCUUCUUUCACCCUUGGCCAGCAGUGAGGUCGGCACAAUCCGUUGUAUCGGGCUCAACUAUAAGAAUCAUGCUGCCGAAGUUGGCUUAGAUCUACCCACCAUUCCCACUGUUUUUCUAAAACCCAGUACCUCGAUUGGGGACCCUUGGCCUUCUGUCACUCCUUUACCCAGACUGACACAGGUGGAUGACUGCGGCGACUACGAAGCCGAGCUAGCAGUGGUUAUAGGCAAGUCAGCCAAGAAUGUAUCCAAGGAUGAAGCAAUGGAUUACAUCCUGGGCUAUACGGCAGCCAACGAUGUAUCCAGCCGCACCAGCCAGUUCGCUCAGUCCCAAUGGUGUUUCUCUAAAGGCUUUGAUGGAUCAUGUCCACUAGGACCAGUUCUGAUCUCUAAAGAGAUUAUGCCCGAUCCUUCAAAGUUUCGCAUGCGUGGUCUUAAAGGCGCUCAAGUCUUACAAGACAGCCAUAUUGAUGAUCUUAUCUUUGAUAUACCCACCCUCGUGAGUUUCUUAUCACAAGGCACAACACUCCCGCCUGGGACUGUAAUUCUUACUGGUACACCUGCUGGAGUGGGCGUCAGUCGCAAGCCCAAAGUUACAAUUAGCGACGGUGAUGAGUUCUCUGUUGAAAUCCUGCCUCAUAUUGGUACACUGGUAAACGCGUUUGAAAACGAAUCCUUGUCGGAGCAGGACCUGGAAAACUAG